AUGGCGAACCUCAACUUUAUGUGUUUGUCAUGAGUCUUGGAUCAUUAUUUAUCAAAUUAUUUUCCACAUUUCCUUUAUAACUUACGAAGAGGAAUUAGGUUUUUGUAGCUUUUUACAUAUUUAUGUAGACCAUAAUAUAAUUGAAAACAACGUAACAUUUUCAAGCCUACAAAUUAGUCUGGUGAACUGUGAAAUCAGCCAAAAGUUUAACAGUGAGAGAGAGAGAAGAUGGCAAUUCCUUUAUCAAGCUUACUACCAGCGCCUACUCAGCCAGUAUGGGACAGAGAUGAAGAGCGCGCCAAGGUCCGCCCGGUGACAGCUUUGGUAUCGGCUAGUCCCACUGCACCUCCAUAUGGCCAGCGAAGAGGUUGGAUACCAAGGUCAAACGAGGACUUUGGCGAUGGUGGGGCCUUCCCUGAGAUUUCUGUCGCCCAGUACCCCCUCAACAUGGGCAAAGAGGGCAAGGAGUCAACAUCAAACGCCUUGGCAGUCCAACUGGAUGCUCAGGGAAAAGUCAAAUAUGAUAUGAUAGCUCGACAAGGCCACUCCAAAGAUAAGAUAAUUUACUCAAAACUGAGUGAUUUGCUGCCGGCCGAGGUAAAGACUGAGGACGACCCAAGUUUGCAGAGACCAGACUCUGAAUUGAUUGAUGAAACAACAGAGAAAACUCGAUUGGCUCUAGAAAAACUUACAAGUAGUAAAAUUGCAGCUGCCAUGCCUGUCCGAUGUGCUGACAAAGUUGCUCCGGCACAAUACAUCCGAUACACACCCUCUCAGCAAGGUUCUGCGUUCAACUCAGGAGCCAAGCAGAGAGUCAUUCGGAUGAUAGAGGCACAAAAAGAUCCCAUCGAACCUCCAAAGUUCAAAAUCAACAAGAAAAUUCCAAGAGGUCCGCCGUCCCCUCCUGCACCCGUCAUGCACUCUCCGACAAGAAAAGUUACCGUCAAGGAACAAAAAGAAUGGAAAAUACCCCCUUGCAUAUCAAAUUGGAAGAACGCCAAAGGUUACACGAUUCCCCUAGACAAGAGAUUGGCUGCGGAUGGUCGAGGGUUGCAGCAAGUACACAUCAACGAGAACUUUGCCAAACUGGCUGAGGCCCUGUACAUUGCUGACAGAAAGGCCCGAGAAGCUGUUGAAACAAGAGCCCAAUUGGAGAAGAAACUCGCCCAGAAAGAGAAGGAGAAGAAGGAAGAACACUUGCGAUUGUUGGCGCAGAAGGCGAGAGAGGAGCGAGCGGGCAUCAGGACUGCGGCUGCUCUUGAUAAGGACGAGGAGGCUAGAGAGAGAGAUCAGCUUAGGUACGAGAGACACAAGGACAGAGCCAGGGAGAGGAACUUGGCUAGAGCUGCUCCUGAUAAAAGGUCAAAGCUGCAGAGGGACAGAGAGAGAGAUAUCAGUGAGCAGAUAGCACUUGGUCUGCCAGCCAAGACCAUCACUGGAGGAGAGGUGCAGUUUGAUCAACGGCUGAUGAACACCAGCAAGGGCAUGGACUCGGGCUACGGUGAUGAUGAAGCCUACAAUGUUUACGACAAGCCGUGGCGUGACUCCAGCAGUUUGGGUCAGCAUUUGUACCGGCCGAGCAAGAAUGUCGAUAAGGACAUUUAUGGAGACGACUUGGAAAAGAUUGUGAAAACAAAUAGAUUUGUGCCUGAUAAAGAGUUCAGUGGGACAGAUCGCUCUGCUGCUCAGGCUGGCCGCAGUGGACCUGUCCAGUUUGAGAAGGAAGAAGAAGAAGAUCCCUUCGGUCUGGAUCAGUUCUUGACACAAGCCAAGCGGUCGUCUAAGCGACCCAACUAUGAGAGGGAUCGCAAGGAUGACAAGCGAAGGCGGCAUUAAGAGCACUGGACGAACAGAGAAGUUCAAUGGAGACGGUCAGUAGUCCCUUAUGAGAAGCAAAUACUGGUGGCAAAAAUAUCACCACUAAACUACACACUGUUUUAUUUUUAGUUUUAAUUUAUAUGUUAUAUCCUGUAAAUAAAUAUAAAAGGUACAUUAUAAAUUUGUUUAGGUUUUAUUUUUUUAAUAAGUAAGCUUGCCUCUUAUUUUCAUUUUUGAUGAUAUAGGUAAGCUUGUAUAAUUACAUUUUAAAUAAUUGUAUUGAAUUUUUUGUCUUGAUAAAAGUAUAUUGUUGUGGGAUACAAAUCUAAAUAAAGAAAGAAAGUUUAUUGUAAGGCAAUCUUCAUACCUACUAAUAAAAUUUAUACAUAUAAUUUUAUGUCUAGAAAUUGGACAUUUUAUCGGUUUUGGUAGUUUUUAACACAAUUUGAUUGAAAAUUGGUAUGGACAUAUAUGUAUAUGACCUCUAAAUAUACAGCUUCUUUAGAUAAUUUGGAAUUACGAUUUAAUUUUUUUCAUGUGACUCGUACAGUCAUUUGCAUGAUAGUGUAAAUAUUUGUCUUUGUAAAUCAGUAUGAUUUAUAGGCUGUCUUUACGUAAUAAAGAAAUUGUUAAAUACUCG